CGUCGCACUCCCCCAUCUGUCACAUCAGGCUCCGCUAAAUCUGACGUGUUUUUCGCAUUUCCUGCACCAGAGAGAGAGAGAGCGCGCGCGAGAGAGAGACGGAGACACACAGCGGUGUCGGGAGGCUGUGUCCACUGGAAAUUGAGCUCAAACAGCUGCACUGGACUGACACCAGGCCGUGCACCAAGCAGCAGGAGCCCGUUUUGACACAUCCACCCACCGCCCCCCUUCUCUCCGCCCCUGCUGCGGUCGUUACCGGCCGCUGUCUGGUUCGCAGCUCGAACAUCUCCAGUGCGCCGCGGCGGCUGGCAGCAGGUAUUUGGAGCCUCCCACCCUCCGCACGGUGCAAUGCAACGCAGGCCAGUGCUUCCAGGGAGCCCCGCUGCAGCUAACAGAGCUUUUUAAUACCUCGAAGGUAAACACCAUGACAGAGCGACUCACAUCUGGGGCCUCUGCUCGUAUGUGCGCCGUAGCUAUUCAUGUUUCUUCCGUGCACUUCUGAAGGCUUCCCGGGCUAACGGUCGCUUUUCCGCCACUGAAGUUCAGUUUCUGGGGGGAAAUUUUGUAGCAUAAUCGACAAGUGCAGACGUUUCGAGACACGACAGCAGCUUGGUGUGCUUGGUGACUGCACUCUCUCCUUCAUAUCGGAGUGGAAGGAACACGCUCUGCCCGGAGGACCACCGGUUGAACGGAGCUGUUAUUCAAAGCGCUAAAGCACGGUUGAUUUGGGGGUGUUUGAGGUGAAAGGUGUCCUGUGGUUUUACUGGAAGCGCGUUUCAUCGCCAUGGUGGUCUUCAACGGGCAGCUGAAGAUCAGGAUCCGCGAGGCUCUGGACCUCAAACCCACAGCUUGGUCCCUGCGUCACGCCGUCGGUCCCAAGACUCAGACCUUCCUCCUGGACACGUACAUCGCCCUCAACGUGGACGACUCUCGCGUGGGCCAGACCUCCACCAAGCAGAAGACCAACAGCCCCACGUGGAAUUACGAGUUCAUCACGGAGGUCCACGACGGCCGCAAGAUAGAGCUAUCAGUUUUCCACGACGCGCCCAUUGGCUACGACGACUUCGUGGCCAACUGCAUCAUCCAAUUCGAGGACAUCCUGCAGAACAGCAGCAAGCACUUUGAGGACUGGAUUGACCUGGAACCAGAGGGGAAGGUGUAUGUUGUUAUUGACCUAUCAGGAUCUUCCAGUGAAGCAGCGGCAGGCUCUACCGAAAAUGAGGAGCGUGUGUUUCGACAGCGGAUGCGUCCCAGGAAGCGUCAAGGUGCCGUCCGUCGGAGAGUCCACCAAGUCAACGGACACAAGUUCAUGGCCACCUACCUGAGACAGCCCACGUACUGCUCACACUGCAGGGACUUUAUCUGGGGGGUUUUAGGAAAGCAGGGCUAUCAGUGUCAAGUGUGCACCUGUGUUGUCCACAAGCGCUGCCAUGAGCUGAUCAUUACCAAAUGUGCCGGCAUGAAGAAGCAGGAUGACAUGGUCGGGGAGGUGGGGUCUCAGAGAUUCAGCGUUAAUGUCCCGCACAAGUUCAGCAUCCACAACUUUAAAGUUCUCACCUUCUGUGACCACUGUGGGUCUCUGCUGUGGGGUCUGAUGCGACAGGGACUCCAGUGUAAAGUUUGUAAGGUGAACGUACACAGACGCUGUGAGAGCAACGUAGCUCCAAACUGUGGCGUUGAUGCCAGAGGGAUCGCUAAAGUCCUGUCUGACCUCGGAGUCACUCCAGACAAGAUCUCUAACAGCGCCCAGAGACGGAAAAAGCUUACUCAGGCUCAGGAUCCUCAGCAGCCGUUAUCAGGGAUCCCUCAGAUAGAAGACGAUCGCUCGAAGUCUGCCCCCACCUCCCCGUGUGAUCAGGACGUGAAGGAGCUGGAGAACAUCCGGAAGGCUCUGUCAUUUGACCACCGCGGAGAGGAGCACAAAACACACCCACUGUCUUCCUCCUCGUCUGUGGACACGGUAACGUGUGACACGCACACAGGAGGUGAUGGGAACAGCGUCGGAGAGGAAAGCGAAGAAAGUCAGGCGAAUGGCGAGGUCAAAGGUCACAGCGCUCCAGAGGCCAAGAGGAUGAACCUGCAUGACUUUGUGUUUAUCAAAGUUCUGGGGAAAGGAAGCUUUGGAAAGGUGAUGCUGGCGGAGAUGAAGGGCACAGACGAGGUUUAUGCCGUCAAGGUGCUGAAGAAAGACGUGAUCCUGCAGGAUGACGACGUGGACUGCACCAUGACUGAGAAACGGAUCUUAGCAUUGGCCAGGAGACACCCCUAUCUGACACAGCUCUUCUGCUGCUUCCAGACUAAAGACCGCUUGUUCUUUGUGAUGGAAUAUGUUAAUGGAGGAGACCUGAUGUUUCAGAUCCAGCGAUCGAGGAAGUUCGAUGAGGCACGAUCUCGUUUUUACGCCGCCGAGGUCACAUCUGCCCUGAUGUUCCUGCACCGACACGGAGUCAUUUACAGAGACUUGAAGCUGGACAAUAUACUGUUGGAUGAUGAGGGUCACUGUAAGCUGGCAGACUUUGGGAUGUGCAAGGAAGGAAUUCUCAAUGGAGUCACCACCACCACCUUCUGUGGGACACCGGACUACAUAGCACCUGAGAUCCUCCAGGAGCUGGAUUAUGGUCCUUCAGUGGACUGGUGGGCGCUAGGAGUGCUGAUGUACGAGAUGAUGGCAGGACAGCCACCGUUUGAGGCCGAUAACGAAGACGACCUGUUUGAGUCCAUCCUCCACGAUGACGUGCUCUAUCCGGUCUGGCUCAGCAAGGAGGCCGUGUCCAUUCUAAGAGCGUUUAUGACUAAGAGCCCUAACAAGCGUCUGGGCUGCGUGAUGGCUCAGGGUCUGGAGGAGGCCAUUAAACUCCACCCGUUCUUUAGAGAGAUUGACUGGACGCUGCUGGAGCAGAGGAAGAUCAGACCACCGUUCAAACCUCGCAUCAAAACCAAAAGGGACGUCAAUAACUUUGACCAGGACUUCACCCGUGAGGAACCCGUUCUGACGCCUGUUGAAGAAAGCAUCAUCAAGCAGAUCAACCAAGACGAGUUCAAAGGAUUCUCCUAUUUUGGCGAUGAGACCAAAGCCUAGACACGUACAUGCCGAUGUGUAACAUUAACCACAAACACCACACCACACCUGAAAAACUUUCAAAGACACCGUAUUUAAAGAAACACGGCCUCCUGAGCUGUUCCAGGUUCUGACCACUCCAGGAAAUAUACUAGACCAUUUGUAUUACUCAUUAUGGUUUCUGUGCUCUUGUCGUUUGUCCAUUUGUGCAUAUCCCAUGGACCUCAAGCAGCAUGCAAGUUCAGGUCAGUUACUGUAAGAAAUGACCCGAUGCUCCUUCGGCUGGUUCGGAUGUGUUGUAAAAGCAGGCAGCGCGGCGGACAAAACCAAACUGAAGUAGAUACAAAGGCGAUACAUGUUCUCUGUGUGUGAGAGUGAGAGAGAAAUAAGAUCAUGUGUGUACAAGUGUGCAUGCAUGUGUUGUUGCACACCUCUUCUAGAGAGAGAGUCGUUUCUUUACAUGAUGUGCUGCGUGCUGUGUCUCAGUGUUUAAACAGUGUUUUUCCUUCCUACGUGUAUGUAAAUGAAAAAAAAAAAUCAUUGAACCAAUGAUUGUAUUUAAACAAGAAAUAUCUUGAAAACUGUUUUAUUCGUUAUGGAAAGAAGUGUGGAAAGGAGGUGUGAGAAAUCAGAGAUUUUUCUGACGUUAAAAGUUUAGUCUCAGUAUUCGUCAGUGCGUCAUUACCUUAAAUAAUAACUCGAGAAGAGGCAUCACUGGAGUGACACUUUGGCAUUUUAAAUUUGAGUUUAGCAUUAUGUCAGUAGUUCUGCUGUGCUCCGUUACUAACUUUCUUUUAGCUUCUCAACAUCGACAUUCCAGUUCCUCGUUAAAAAAUACAAACAAAAACAAAUGGUACUACUGUAGCUUACUACUGGGAGUGUCCAUUAUGGGGAUGAGGUUUGCUUACAGUGUUAACAAGCUGUUUUGCAUAUAACACGAUACUUGACACGGAGACACUAGUCUAGUAAAGCCAAAUAACAAGCUGGAACAAGCUGAAUCGGAAACGUCCGAGGUGCCCUUUAAAAACACGAUUCAUUUUAGCUGAAGUGCUUGUUACUGACUCUCUCGAUGCACCUUGUGGAGCGAAAUCUUCCUCGGUCAGCUCCUUAAACACCUUUUUGACCAGUUUAUCCUUGAAAUGCCUUGUGUGCGCGCGUGUGUGUACAGUAACUGUGUUACCAGUGAAUGUACUGGACCUACUGUCUCUAACAUGACAAACCAAACCCCCGUGAUUCCACAGGAAAGUCGAGGAUCAUACACAGAGGAGAAUGUGUUCAACUGAAUGUAUUUGCUCUGCAGUGUGUGUGUGUGUGUGUGUGUGUGUGUGUGUGUGUGUGUGUGUGUGUGUGUGUACAUACGAGGAGAGCCCGUUUUCCCAUCAAGUUGUACUUAUUUUUUUUAAUUUGAUACAUUUCUUUUGGUUUUUGUUGAGUAGUUUUUACUGGAUUGUCUUGUUCUUUUUGUGUUUUUAGAAAUCUUUAAAUUUCAUGUUGUAGAUUUCAGUGAAACUCACGUGAUCAGACCCUCCUCUUCCUCCCCUCUCUUGUACGGCCUAAACAUGGAAGUAAAAUAAGCUUCAAAUAAGGAAGAAAUUGGACCGAUUUUGCUCCAUGUUGCAGGUUGAUACCUUUAUAGGGAGCUGAAAAGAAUCCAGAAAUGUUAAAGAAAACUCCAUGUGCAAUACUCUGAAAUAGGAGUUUUGGGGGGUUUUCUAUCUUUUUUGCUCUUUUUUCUUCCGUUGUUCCUGCAUUUGAAGAGAAGUACAGUAGGUUCAGCUCACAGAGAGAAGUGACAAGUAUUCACCACGUUCUCUCAGAAACCAUCAAAUAAGCAUUUCAGCACCAUUUCUCUCACAUUCAUAUGUAAUUGCCACACACUGAUGAAAGAUAUUUGCCAAAAAUUAAUAUUGUCAAGAGCAGCCAGCGCAGAAAGUAGCGUGCUAUUAUAAGAAAAACAAUGGCUACACUUUAAAGUAGAUUGAAGCUUUGAAAUCUGCCUUCAGAUCCUAUAAAAAAUAAUCAUUUAUGUAAACAUAUCAAUAAGUGCCCCUGAGGGCAUAUUUAACAGAAAUUAUGAUGAUAAGGGCACUAAUAAACACAAACAUGACUGUAAGUUUACUGGGAGCCUAUUUAAUAGACUAAUACCUAAAGCGUAUGUGCUCUUUAAUUUCCUUGUACUUUUUCAGAAAGAACUGUGUAAAUAAUGGUCACAGUUCCCAAAUAGCUAAACAGGAAGUAGUCUCUGUACCGCGAUGGGCUCAUGCACCACUAGUUGGAGCAAAUCUAAACUCUCCUUGAUGCUCAAACACAAGUGCACGUUUCAUGUUGAGCUGCUAUGUGAGUAAAUGUGCAAACUUCAAAUUCAAUUUUAAGGAAAUGUGCAACACUGGAGUGCUUGGAGGUCACAGGAGUUGGUAUUCUUAACCUGUCCCAUGCAGGUUGUGGACAUCAACACCUUUCUUAACUCGUCAUGGUGACCAUUUAGUUUGGUCAUUUGUAGUUUUAAUUCUUACUUAGAAUGAUUCUUACAAAACAAAUAAAUGACAAAAUUAAUCGAACGGUGUGAGGGAUGCUGGGCUGUUACCUUAAAGCCUGUCUGACAGGGGCAGCCUCCACCCAUAUGUGUGACACCCCAUCACGAAGAGGCAACAACAGCUCCAGUAGGAGAGGACAUAGACCAACACGGUAGCCACAAGGGAGACAACACCCCGGUUCUGUGCUGAGAAAUCCUUGGUUAUCUGGGGGCAGAAGCAGUUGCAGGUAAUCUGUUAAAAUAUCUGGAACAUGUUAGAUCUUCUUGACAGAUCAUGGGGCACACAGCCUCAGAGCAGGAAGGUCCCAGGUUCAAAUCCACCAUCUGGCUAUGGCUUUUCUGGGUGGAGUUUGCAUGUUCUUCCUGCAUCUGCAUGGGUUCGCUCCAGGUACUUCUUCCAACCGUCCAAAGACAUGCAGAUAGUAGAUGUUAGGUGAACUGGUGAUUCUAAAUUGGCCGUAGGUGUGGAUGUCUACGUGUUAGCCCUGUCCAAAAUGCCAAUUUCAUCCUAUGGCAGCUGGGAUAGGCUCCAGCUCGCCUUGACCCUGAAUUGGAUGGAUGAUGCUGGCCAAAGACUUUGAUUUUGAAUUAGACAAGGACAAAACUACUGCACUGGCACUGAUGGGUUGCAUUUAAUUUACAACUCACAAAAUAACAACUUAAAAUCAAUAACAGCUGAUUAUCAUGUUUUUGUAUUUGUUGAAACAAACAGAAAGAAAAUGCAGUUACAAUUAAAAUCCGAUUCAUCUCCACGUUUUAGCUGCCUAACCUCAAGAUAUCACCCUGAAAUUACAGGGAUACACGAUGAGUGUUUUUCAGACACGCCAUUCUCAGAUCUGAAGAUUUUGAGUGCUGUGUGUAAAAAAGCAUUAUGAUUGGAGCAAGACUGGUCCCGGUAAUACACCAGAGCUGCUUGUGUCCACUGAGCACAAUACUUCCACCAGACAUGUAGCAGCACAUUUCAGAAGUAUCUCAGAAGCUACUUUUGGUCCCUUUAAGGUAGCACAGAGUAGAGGAAGAAGGCAGGGUGUCAGGGAUGUUAACGGCAUAGAAUAAAUGUUCAAUUUCCAAAAUGAUUCCCCAUCCAUUCCCAUAAAGCCUCUGCUUACGAAGUGCUCAAACAUUUCAAGGGUGAUACUGCAUUUUUUGGACCGGUACCAGCGCCAGUCAGUUAAAGCUGAACAAACUGUGUGAUGACAGCAUUUAUAAAUGUCAUCAAGCAUCUUUUAUGCUUUUUCUUUUUAUUGUGUAAAAGAAAGAAAUCUGACAACAUACAGCUGUGAUUGGCUAAUAUCAGCCAAAAGAUGACAACAUAAGACCGUUACUGCGAAACUGGUUUCAAAUCGUGCUAAAACAGUUACAUAUGUGGUAAUUUGUGGGAGUUGUGAUCAAAUUUUAUUCACAUGCAGAUAACAUUUAAAUGAGCUUUCAUUAAAGUCCAAGAAUAGCACAACAAGCAGCACCGUUCAUGUAGCAGUAAAACCCAUGCUGUAGCAGCAGUUUAAAGAGCUGAAGAUGCGUUACUGUAAAUACAGCGGAUCUAUCGAUUAACGUUGUCCAACUUUUCUUCUUCUCUCGUGUCUCCUGUUGCUUUAGUCUUUCAUUUGAAAAAAAAAAAGUCAAACUAUUUGUCCCACUACAACUAGAAAGGGAUGCCUAGUCCUCCAUGUUAAAUGCCAAAUGCCAUUUCCAACAAAAACAUCCUUCAUGUAGGAAGCUCAUCUUCACUCGUUGUCACAUCAGCGAUGGAGGCGGUUGGAGAUAAAUGUAAAACAAGGAGGCACGAUGUUGAUUUCAAACAGUGGAUACAGUAUUAUGAUGCAUACAGUGUCAAACGUUCAUCUUCCCGCAGAGUGUUACUGUAUGUUUAUGCGGUUUGUUCGCAGUCCCUGUAUUUGUGAAGCUCUGUCUGUACAUUUUGUUCAUUGAUGAAUUAUUUCCAUGCCCUUCAUGUGUGUUUAUGUUGAUUUUUUCUUUUCGCCCUUAUGCGCUACGUGCCAAAUGUACUGUAUUUUAAAAGGAUGUGAAGGUGUAUUUUAAUUUUUUUGAAAUGAAUUAAAUAUCAUGAUGUCAAAGAGA